CCCGCAGUUUUCGUUUGCCCCGGCCGCUUGCAGCGCGUCGGCUCGGUGACGUCGCAGCACCGCUCGGAUCACCGCUCUGGGUCGUGGUGUCGCGACCCGCUUCAAUCCGGCGAGCGACUUUACGUCCUUCCCUGGGCUCCGUACCGUUCCGACACUCUGACCGAAUACGCGUCGUGGGAAGCUUUCGCCGGCUCGCGACAUACCACGACAUAUCGCCUCCCGAGCCGCGCCGACGGCACCGGUUUCGCCGUUUACGACGGCGCCGUGUUUUAUAACAAAGAACGAACCCGCAGCGUCGUCAAAUUCGACCUCCGCACCCGGAUUAAAAGCGGCGAAGCCGUGGUCGGGGCGGCUAACUAUCACGACACGUCACCCUAUCGCUGGGGGGGGAAAACCGACAUCGACCUGGCGGUGGACGAGGAAGGGCUGUGGGUGCUUUACGCCACCGAAAGCAACGGGGGGAGGCUGGUGGUCAGCCAGCUCAACCCCUACACGCUGCGCUUCGAGGGCACCUGGGAGACGGGUUACGAUAAACGGGCGGCGUCGGACGCUUUUAUGGCUUGCGGGGUUUUGUACGUGGUGAGGAGCGGCUACGAGGAGGAGGAGGAGGAGGAGGAAGAAGGGGAGGAAGGCUCGGACGGUUUGGUUUACGCGUUCGACACGCGGUUGGGUCGGGGGACGUCGAUGCGUUUGGCUUUUCCCAACCCCUAUCGGUUCGUGUCGUCGGUGGGUUACAACCCCAGGGACAACCAGCUGUACGUCUGGAACAACCACUUCGUGCUGCGCUACGGGCUGCACUUCGGGCCGGGCGACGGC